GCUUAAUACAGAGGCGGCCAGCGGGGCUGGGAAAGCCCCUGGCAGGGCCGGGUGACCCCGGCGGUGACCCCAACAUUGGUGACCCCACCAUGGAGGGGCCGGACACGCCGGUGGAGCGGUUGGCAGAUAACCUAUUGCAGGAACUUCAAGAAAAUUUUCAAGCUCUGACAGAAACAUUAACUGAGAGAAUGGAAGAAAUGGGCGGUCGAAUCACUGACUUACAGAAGAACGUGUCGGUCCUGAUGAUACAGGCCGGAAUCGACCCCGGCGGUGAAGAACCCGGGGGGACUCGUUGCCCCGGCAGCAGGGAGGGUCGCUGGCAGUCCGGUGGCUUUUAUGGCCCCUAAUGACCGCCUUCUGAGAAAAUAGGAUCCGCUCAUCCGCCGUCUCCAAUCUGAUAUUUCCGGCUUCCGAAACGUCUCCCUUGGAUAACGAACUCUGUGCGUGGCAACUCCCGGUGCCCACUGAUUUAUUUCCUUGUGGAGUCCAGUGAUAUCUCCCCUCUUGCACAGCGGUUGAAAUCGCCUGGGCCACGGAGUUUGGUCAACAGGCUGGUUUUAACAUAGCGCAUAAGGUGGAAAUUCAAUUUCAGAACGAUUUCACGGGGAUUCUUGAAGUCUUCCGUCGAGGCUGGAGGUCAGGGUUCUGUUUCUGUAAAAGCUGGGAGGACUGUAGACUGUAAUAUCCCUUUUAGAUUCCCUCUAGACCGUAAGCUCGUUGUGGGCAGGGAAUGUGUCUGUUACAUUGUAAUCACCCAAGUGCUUACUACGUUGCUCUGCGCGGAGAAAGUGCUCAAUAAAUGCUAUUG